UUCCAGCCUCUAACAUGCUGCUGGUUCCCGGGCGCGCAGCCGCGGGUCGGUCCGGAUGUUUGGAUCACGCUGCUCGGGGCUCUCUGACGCUAACCGGAGAACUUCUGGGGCCCUGGAGGAAGACGAAUGAAUGAGUCAGGAUUACGCAGCAGCUCGGUCACAAUCAGCGUGUUUCUGAGUGGCUUUUUAUGCGGGAUCGAACCCCCCCCACCCCCUGCUGCUGGGAGCCGCCGGAUCUGCCGGCGAGGAUCCGGGUCUGCAGACGAAGGUUUUUCUGAGCGACGCUUCCAACACAAAGGAGCUCACCUCACUGUGUUUGUCUGUUUUUUUAAGGAGGAAGCAGAUCCAUCCGGAGCGUUUUAAUGCAAAGCCUGUGCAGGAUCAAGAUGCAGUUCCGGACGGUGCUGGACGUGAAAGUUGUGGACGUGGAGAAGAGGCGGAAUCCGUCCAAGCACUACGUGUAUGUCAUCAAUGUCACCUACUCUGACAACACGUCCCACAUCAUCUACCGGAGAUACAGCAAGUUCUUCGACCUGCAGAUGCAGCUACUGGACAAGUUCCCAAUCGAGGGAGGGCAAAAAGAUCCAAAGAAGAGGAUCAUUCCAUUUCUCCCAGGCAAAAUCCUGUUCCGGAGGAGUCAUGUGCGAGACGUGGCCAUGAAGCGGCUGCGUUUCAUCGAUGACUACUGCAGGGCUCUGGUGAGACUUCCUCCUCACAUCUCUCAGAGCGAGGAGGUGCUGCACUUCUUCGAGACCAAAACCGAGGACAUCAACCCCCCAGUGGAGGACUAUGGCUCCAAGCGCAAGUCGGUGUGGAUGUACGGCUUUACAGACAGCCCGAGGAAAGAGGCCUCAGGGAUUGACAGCUCAGAGCCCAUGGUGCUGGAGCAGUACGUGGCCGUGGCCAACUACGAGAGGCAGGAGAACUCCGAGAUCAACCUCAAGGCCGGCGAGACGGUGGAUGUGAUCGAGAAGAGCGAAAGCGGUUGGUGGUUCGUCAGCACGUCUGAGCAGCAGGGCUGGGUGCCGGCCACAUACCUGGACUCCCAGAACGGAACCAGAGACGACUCGGACCUGGCCACCUCCAGGACCGGAGAAGUUACUAAGAGAAGAAAGGCUCAUCUGAAGAGGCUGGACCGCCGCUGGACCCUCGGUGGUAUAGUGAACCGCCAGCAGAGCAGAGAGGAGAAAUAUCUGACUGUCCAGCCGUACACCAGCCAAGGGGCGGAUGAGGUGAGCUUUGAGAAAGGGGUCACCGUGGAGGUAAUCCAGAAGAACCUGGAGGGCUGGUGGUACAUCAGAUAUUUAGGAAAGGAGGGAUGGGCCCCGGCCUCCUACUUGAAGAAACUAAAAGACGACUUCUCGCCUCGUAAGAAGACCCUGACGGGCCCCGUGGAGAUCAUCGGAAACAUCAUGGAGAUCAGCAACCUGCUGCAGAAGAAGUCGGUCAGCGAGAAGGACAUCCAGACAGACGGAGAGGGAAGCAACACGCCGGAGCGCCACAUCACCAAGAGCGAGAUCAGCCUGCCCAUGCCCUACAACUCCGAAAUCAACGCCGAGACCGGCAGGAGGCUGAGCGCCGGCCGAGACACCAACAGUCCCUGCCUGGGAAUAGCUGCGAGUUCUGCCCUGAGCGAGAGCAAAGUCAGAGGAGAAGCCGGGUCUCCAGCUGUGGCACGAGUGGCUCCACACAGAGUGGAAAUCGGACUGGAAGCUGUAGGGUCUCCAAAUCUGAGACAAAAGCCUCCCCCAAGAAGAGAAGCCAACUUGGGCCUCCAGUUACCCAAGCCACCAGAGCCCCCUGCUGUGGAAGCAGAGUACUACACCAUAGCGGAUUUCCAGUCCUCCAUCUCCGAUGGCAUCAGUUUCCGUGGAGGACAAAAGGCUGAUGUGAUAGAGAAGAACCCAGGAGGUUGGUGGUACGUGCAGAUCGGUGAGAUGGAAGGCUGGGCGCCCUGCUCGUACAUCGACAAGCGCAAGAAGCCCAACCUGAGCAGACGGAGCAGCACUCUCACUCGACCCAAAGUCCCUCCGCCGGCUCCUCCGGUCAAAAAAGACUCCGAAGAACCCCCCCAACCUCUGAUCCCGCCCUCCAAAGCCUCGGAGCACCCCAGCAGGCCUGUGUACGAGGAACCAGAGUAUGACGUUCCCGCUGUGGGAUGCGAGGGCGACUCUGACAGCGAGUUCCUGAAGAACGAGGUGAAGGCCUGCAAGACGGUGGCUGAGAAGUACCACAGCUCCCCUCCUUCCACUAAAGCUUCACCUCCGGUCUGCAAAGCGUCCCCGGUUUUCGCUCAUCGAAGAACCUCGUUCAGGUCCGUGGAAGAGGUCAGUAAAGGGGAGUGCAUCUACGAGAACGAUGGCUUCAGGCUCAGCAGUGGCAUCGAAGGACCCAGAGUUAAAGGGUCCAGUGAACCCAGUUCCCCGCGGAGCUACCACUCCUCAACAGUCCCGAGGAAACCAUCGGGGUCGUCCCCUCUAGCCGGUUUAACCAGGCAGAACAGGACGCCGGAGAUGAGCAGGAGGAGCCAGACGCUCGGCAGACGUGUGGAUAUGAGGUCUCAGGACAGCAGCCCUCACUCUUCAUCAGACGAGCAAGGCAGAGGUCCGAAGAAAAGUCCCGCCCUUAAGCGGGAUGCUGAACCAGGAAUCGGCCAGAGCCCUUCCACCAGACCCAAGCCUUCCGUCAGACCCAAACCCCUCCUGACCAAGUCGGAGCCGCAGAGCCCGGAGAGAAUGGACAUCGGCUCUCUGAGACGGCAGCUGAGGCCGACCAGUCAGUACCGGCACAGCCUCAAGCCGACCCGCGGGGACGAGUCGGAGACGGCGUCUGUGAUCUCCUCGGAGGGCUCCAUGUGUUCGCGCAGUACCUCCGACCUGUCGUCUGUGUACUCUAAAGGCAGCCGAGGGGACUCCGACGUGGAAGGCCCCACCUUGUACCGCUCCGUGGACGUUUACAAGAAGAUCCAGGACUCUGAGAUCAGCUUUCCGGCCGGGGUGGAAGUGGAGGUUCUCGAGAAGCAGGAGAGCGGCUGGUGGUACGUCCGCUGGGCCUCAGAGGAGGGCUGGGCUCCCUCGUACUACCUUGAACCCGUCAAGAGGGCGGGCGAUGCCGGUGUGCUGGAGUCAAACGGGCAAAGGAAUAGUGGGAAGAAGUCCAACAGCCUGGAGAAGAAUGAGCAGCACGUUAUGGCCCUGAAUAACAUCAACAUUCAGGGUCUGACCCAGCAGCACCAAGGUUUGAGGGGGAACUCUCCUCCCAUUCCGUCCAAGCCACCCGGAGGUUUCUCCAAGCCCUCCGGCUUGGUGAACGGAGGCGUGCGGAUGAGAAACGGGGUGCGGCAGGUGGCCGUCAGGCCCCAGUCGGUUUUCGUCACCACUUCGCAGACAUCCAAGGAUUCCCACUACACGACCGGCUCCUUACGGAGAAACGAGUCCCUCGGCAGAAGCGACCACUACAGCUCUGGUUCCGCCACGCUCGGGGUUCGCAGAAACGCCUCCUUCAGUACCGUGCGACCGCACGUCGUCGUCGAGAGCCAGACGAGGCCGGUGGAGCGCUCCGGCCUGGGCUGCUCGGGGAGCGCCUUCAGCACCAGCAACGUCCCCGACGCCCUGAGCCGAGCCAGCCAGCGCAACGGGAUCCCGGUGUCCACGGUGCGCCCCAAGCCCAUCGAGAAGAGCCAGCUCAUCCACAACAACCUGGGCAGGGACGUGUACGUGUCCAUCGCGGACUACCGUGGCGACGAGGAGACUAUGGGUUUCACUGAGGGGACGUGUCUGGAGGUGCUGGAGAGAAACCCCAACGGCUGGUGGUACUGCCAGGUGCAGGACAGCCUGCACCCCCGCAAGGGCUGGGUCCCGUCUAAUUAUCUGGAGCGCAAAAAAUGAAAGCCGGAGCUUCACGGGAGUCCGCGUGAUGUCUCCAUAGAGCUGGGGCCGUAAGUCCCCAAGAAUGUCACCCACGAUCCCCCUUAAGCAAUACGUCCCUGAACAAGUACUCUUCUAAAAAGACGGAGAAGGAAAAUGUUUUAGUGACG